AUACGACGUCGCAAUUGCUUUUAUCCCCAAUCCCAUCAUGAAAAGCUAAAAGAGCAACUUAAAAUAAGAGAAUUCCGAAUUGUCAGACGACUCUUUCGUUCACAGCCGGAAGCUCAUCAAUCGCCAAUUCGGGAGUUUGUCACAAACCUGAUUCAGCAAGGGAGACAUCAUUUUCUGGUUUUUCUAAGUUUAAUAGAUUAAGUUCGUGCCGGAAACAAUUAUCUAGGUAGUGUCAUAGUUUGGAGACCAUGCUUAAGGCCCCAGAUCAUCAGGUUGCCGGUCACCAGGCCCAUGACAGAAAUCUUGGCCCUCUUGUAGAUGAUUCAGGUCACUUUUUUAAGCCCCUCCAAGAUGGUGACCGUGGCUCCAGAGAAGUGGCCUUUUAUACAUCUUUCUCUUCCAAUACAAAGGUUCCAAGUCAAAUCCGAAGGUUCUAUCCUGCCUUCUAUGGCACUCAACUUUUGGAGGCAUCUGAUGGUUCUGGCUUGCUCCCACACCUUGUCUUGCAGGAUCUUGUGUCAAGUAGGCGCAAACCAGCCAUCAUGGAUAUCAAGAUUGGUUCCAGAACUUGGUACCCACAAGCCUUGGAGGCCUAUAUCGAAAGAUGCCUUCAGAAGGACAGAGAAUACACUAGCUUAUCCCUGGGCUUCAGGAUAUCUGGUUUGCAGCUACCUGGUAGCAAAGAAUCGGAGUUGUGGAAGCCAGCGAAAAAAGUUGUCCAGGGUUAUACUGUAGAUGACGUUAAAUUAGUUCUCAGGAAGUUUGUCUCCUCUAACUCAUCUGUCAAUUCAGAUUCGGACCCUGAUUGCUCUUUUGCACCGAGUAUCUAUGGCGGUUCUUCUGGGAUUUUGUCACAGUUGAUGGAACUGAAGGCAUGGUUUGAGGACCAAACCCUUUACCAUUUCAAUUCUUGUUCAGUUCUCAUGUUUUACGACAGGGAUUCUGUGUUGAAGGGUGGGAGUUCAGGUGCUGAAAUUAAGCUUAUUGAUUUUGCGCACGUAGUAGAAGGUAGAGGAGUUAUUGACCAUAAUUUCUUGGGUGGGCUCUGUUCUUUGAUAAAGUUCGUAUCCGAUGUUCUUACUACUCCAACCAAUAGUUCCCUCGAGGGUUCUGAGAAUGAUGGCAUUUCUACUGGCAAUAGCAUUGGGGAAUGAACAGGGAAUCCAAAGAGGCUUGGCUGUUUUUCUUUCGAGCUUUAAUUGUUAUGCCUGGAUGGUGGUUUAAUUUUUCUGCAUCGUGAACUCCAUUUAAUUUGAAUUUGUGAACUCUUUCAUGUAAUGAAUAACUUUUCUUACUCUGUUGUCAGUUAUGUGUUUUGCUCAA